GAAUGUCAUUGUGGGAUCAUUGGGCCUCGAUCUGAGGACGAAGCGCGGCGCCCUGCGCAGAAUUUGGAACUUAGAAGACGCAGCUAGCGCUCGAAAUGGCAUGAGCAAGUGAUGCCACACACAGAAGAUGACGUCGAGGGGGAUCGCUUGAAGGCUCAUAAGGAGUGGUGGUCGUGUUGUGGUUGGCUGGCUAGAUAGAAUGACCGCUCAUGGCACCCAUGUUAUCUUAGGUGUUUGUUAAGUGCUGACCUCUCAACGCUUUGGCACCUGCUUGUGCAUUCAGGUCGACUGGGGGAGAUGCAGAUUGGCCCAGAUUGCGAGAGUGCAUCUCCCCGCCGGCGGAGCAUGGUGCGGCACCGCGGCAAGAGCCCCGACGUGGGCGACACCAGCCUGGAGACAGGCAAUGGCGGCUACCUCGCGUCCUUCAGCAAGCUCUCCGACGCGCUGCAUGGCGACGCCCUCCACCGCAAGCCCUUCCACCCAACGCUGCUCCCGCUUUUGGGCCUGCUGGGCGCGCUGCAGCUGUGGUUGGCAGCGGAGUGGGGCAAUCCGAGCGGCGUGGCCAUUGGCUGCUGUGCGGUGCUACUAGGGCUGGGCUUGCAGCUGCUGCAGUGGGGCGCCAGGACGCGCGCCUGGGCGGACGGCCGCGGCAGCGGCCUGCUCAAGGGGUUUGUGGUGCUGCUAGGCCUGCUGCUGCUGAUCCGCAUCGCCAGCCCUGAUCCCUACUACGACCGCAUCCCCGAGACGUGUGCGCUUGCCAAGGCCCAGGGGUGUUCUCGUCUCUCUGUGGUGGUUCCCAACGUGCCCAACCCCAACCCCCCUCCAGAUGGCAGGAUCGCCAUCCAAGAUAUUGCCAGCAUGGUGCAGCGCUGGGCCGCGCGGCAACGGGGCGUCACGGUUCUGCACCAGUGGCCUACGGUGGGCAGCCCCACGGCCAUGUUUAUGCACCUGAGGGCGGUGUCUGCAUUCUGGGGGUUUGCAGACGAUGUGUUGUUGACGGUGGAGCUGCGGGAGGGGCACAAGGGGGAGCACGCGCGCGCGGGCCUGGUGUACAUUUUGGGGCACUCGCAGCUGCGGAUAGGCAAGUCCGACUUCGGGGUAAACGAGGCCCGACUCCGCAACCUGCUGUCCGAUUUGCUGGACGACAUUGCUGCGCUGAGUGGCAACGGGGACGACGUACAAAAAUGGCGGGCAGAGAUUUAUGGUCUGAAGGGGUUGCGGCCAAUCAAGGCCAAAAUACCGGAGAACCCCUUGCGGCACUAGCAGGGGCUGCGGCUUGCUUCCUUGCCAGGAAGCCGGCAAGAUCCGGCCGCUUUUGUGCAAACUCGGGCACCGAGCACGGGCAUGCUUUUGGGGGGCCUUCUCUCGGGCGUUGCUUCGUUGCACCGCAAAAAUACAAAGUCAAGUCAUCGUCGAGUUGGCAGCUGGUCGAUCCUGAUCUUGAGCGGAACGCAAGUUGCCGCUCGAGAUCCGGCAAUUCUAUCCAUUAAACUGGUCGGAAAGUAUGAAAGUCGACGGGAAAGCUGAUGACGAGUUGGUCAAAGUAAACGUGGACACGUCAUGUAAGAUUCUGUGGACAUUCUUCAUUGGAAGGAGUCGACCGUCAUCACAUCCGUGUGCCAUUGCCAAAAGAAUUGCCGCCUACAUGUCGUACUGUGCAAGCCUUCUAUAAAUACAAUUAGC